AUGUCAGGUUCAACGUUGUUCGCUGCAUAUACCGUGCUCACCCUCCCUGUCCGUUUGGUGACAUGGUGGUUGUGGUAUAUUCCUAGGUCCAACCGUCCCAAUCCUGCAUGGUCAUGGAAGACAGCAGUCACUUUGCAGGUUAUCGCCUCAAUAAUACGAUACCGGGUGGCGAUGAGAUACCGCACCCCAAAGUCUUUGGAGCCGGGCGCAGAUGGUGAUCGAUUUAUCGUGCUCAAUCCACAAUUGACUAUUUCAGAUGGAUCAGCUGUCUAUAAAGGAACACUCAAAUCCCUGCCAGCUAUCCAGCCUGUGUCUAUUGGCGCUGUCUGGUACCCGACUACUCCCUCUGAAAUUCCACGAAGAUUGAUCAUCCAUUUCCACGCCAGCGCAUUCGUGCUUUUUGGCCCACGACGUGCGGAUGGAUGUGACUGGGGACCCACUAAGUUCAGCGAGCUCACUGAGUGGCCAAUUCUUUCAAUUCAAUAUCGGCUAUCCUUAGACGCAGACAAGACCUUCCCAGCUGCCGUUCAGGAUGCAAUCACCGCCUACGUCUACGCUUUAGAGACUCUGAAGAUCCCACCUUCGCAGAUCGUGUUUUCUGGCGAGUCUGCAGGUGGAAACUUGAUUCUAGCAAUGUUACGAUAUAUCAUCACGGAGAAUCAGAAAAUCCCUUUACCUCGUUGCGCACUAUUGUGGUCACCCUGGGUUGAUAUGACUCAAAAGACUCUCACGAAUAUAGUGAAAAAUCGCAAUUAUCAAUCUGACUACCUUGAAUACGAUCUGGGUUACUGGGGCACAAGCAGCUAUAUCCCCCCUGGCUGGUCUGAAAGCCAUCCAUACUUUUCGCCGCUUGGAAGCGAGUACAAAUUGACUGUUCCACUUUUCAUUCAAGUUGGCACGUCCGAGGUGCUUUAUGAUCAAAUCGUCCAAUUUGCGCACAGCAUGAAGGAGACUGGCACGGAAGUCGAGUUACAUGAAGCCCAUAAUGGGGUUCACGCAACCUUUGGGAUCGCUGAUGCUUUAGGGAUGCCUGAAGUUGCUAUAGACGGCCAUGCGCGGGGGGCAAAGUUUAUCGCCAGAACCGGCGGAGAGUGA